AUGUAUUACGGCGGUUCUAUUGUGCUUGAUGGCCAGGUGGUGGGAAUUGACAUGGCAUUGAAAUCAGAUUUGAAGUACGCCGAUUUGCAGGCUUGUUGUGUCUGUUUGGGUUUUCUGGACGAAAAGGAGUAUAAGGUUGACGUUGACGCAGCUGCGUCAAUUCGUUCUAUUUUGCGUUAUCUUCGCAAUGAAAGCGCUAGCUGCGAUAUACGAAGGGAACUUGGCAAUCUGAAGAUCCUAACCAGUGAUCUGAUUCCUUUGCUUAAGGUCAGUAGAGCUGACCCCAUUCUUUUUGAUCUUGUGGUUCGACUAAUGGUGAGUCUUACUCAACCCGCUGUUGUCUGUUUCCACAACGAAAUUCCCAAUGAUCGCGACCUCUAUGCGGCUUUCCUUAAAGUAGACGCUAUUCUCAAGGAGUAUAAACACGCCUUCGCUGACGAGCAACUCUUCCGGGUUCUCGCUGAAUGCGUGGAGGAUUUAUUUAACAAGCCCUGGGAAGAUCGAAGUAAUGACGACAGAUUGUUGAUUGAGCGCAUUCUUAUUUUGAUUCGUAAUGUUCUUCACAUCUCGCCCGAUGCUACUACGGAACACCGAACUGAUGAUGAUGUGUCGGUUCACGAUCAACUGUUAUGGACCAUUCAUCUCUCUGGAUGGGAUGAUCUGCUUCUCUUCCUUGCCAACGCUAAGGAUGAGCUCAACGUGUUCGCAUUUCACAUUCUCGAAAUCACUUCUCUCAUGCUUCGCGAAAAGACUCCUGAACAGCUUGCAAGUGCUGGCUCUCCCUUGACUGAUAUCGACCCCAGCAUACGGGUUCUUGAAAGGUGUCGUUUGAGGGAGCAAGAGGAAAAACGUGCAGCACUAGUGCGUUUAAAUAUGCGUCAUAAUCGAUUUGGCGGUACAUUUGAACUGCUUAAUACACAGUCGAUCUCGUGUCGCCCUCUCAUCUACCAUCACGAUGUGACCGUUCCGCUGCGUCGAAGUCGUCUGAUUUGUGCGGGGACUAGUACGAAAUGCACGGACUUUGUCGCGAUUGACCAGGUCGAUCUGGACCUUGGAAAGCGAAUACGUUGCAAGCCGUGCAGUCGGAAGCCUUUGAUUGAACGCGAAUUUCGUCGACGGUCAGCCCUCAGUGUCCAGCUCUUUCUUCAGAAGUUUUGCUGGCAGUUUCUGUGCAACUGCUACAACCUCUUGAUGCAUGCGGCACGUGGGGCUAUUCUACGUCAGAGUACCCAAGCCAAUGAUGAGACCUACUACCUUUGGUCUAUGCGAUUCUUCAUGGCUUUCUGCCGUCUUUACAGAUUCCGCCCACAGUAUCUCAGCGAGUCACUAAACGCAAACGUAUUCAACUGGGUCUACACUCUCUCCAUGGGCUAUCGUGAGGCCCUCCUCACCGACAGACGCGGAGGAGCGCGAAAUCAAAAUGCCCUCCAGUAUAGCCGGCGCUUGGCACUUGCCGUUUCCGCCUAUCUUCAGUUCCUUCUUUGUCUGAAGGAGAUGUUUAAGCCCUCUAAACAGGAGGUGCGGGAGAAGGGAUUAAAUGGUUGCGGAGGUGAUGACGAGGAAGAAGAGGAGCAGGAAACUUUGGAGGCACGAGAGCCUCAAUUACGUGUUCAAAAGCAGGUGGCUGAGUCAUUGAUGUCGAACAUCUUUUACGUUGCUGAGUAUCAGGAUCUCUUUGUGUCCUUAUUAAAGGAGUACAAUGAAUCGACUCAGUCGAAAGAAUACUUAGUUGAACUAGUUGAGGGCGCACAUCUCUUCAUAAACCUUCUAACUGCGCAAGCAAAGUCCAUGGCAACCUUCAUUGUAUCGCGUCAUCAAAGGCGUCGUCAUCGCAGCGAGAAGAGGCGUCUAAAAUAUGCGGCUCAUCGGGAGCGCCGAAAGGAGCUAGUUGAAGCUCGAAAACGGCUUCUCAAACGCGCCAAUGAAACCCCCGAAGAGCGCAGUGCUCUUUUGGCACGUAUCUGGAUUCCCCUCUCCUCCAAUCUCAUCUCUGCUCUUAGUGGCACCCCCCAAAUUAUGUCUUCUAAUGAUGAUCUUCCUCAGUUAUUUGACCCAGCUGAUGUCUCUGCAGACGGCGAAUCGAUGGCCGCUCAACUGCGCAAUGCCAUUCGCUUGGUCCACACUAGUCUCCAUGACAAUCAAGCCGCACGUUCUCUCGCCAUCGCCCGGUCCAUGUGGGAUAUUUGGCCGGAAGCAUCACCGUGCAACGAUGCAGAGGAGGAGGAUGAAGAAGCGAAGGAAGAUUUGGCCAAGGAGAAAGCGCGUGCCAUUGAGGCUGGAUUGGAACCUCCACAAGUUUUAGAAUACUUGGCUCUACGAAAAAUCUUUCUCCUCGACUUGACGGGCAUGAUUUAUCUACGAACCGAAGAACUAGCUGUCACUGAAGCAGCGAUUCAAGAAGAGACGUGGAACAUUGGUGACGCGGAGGAGUCGUUUCGUCAAGAAUUGGAAAAUUCAGAUGAUGAACACAGUUUCGAAGUCCUUGAUAAAGAGGUCGCCUUUGACAUUCAUACCUUCCUUCUUCGUUUUACCCACCCUCACAUUAUUCGUUCGCUGACAUGUCUGCUGGCAAACUAUGCGCUAAAUCCGCCUUUGACAAAUACACAUCUUGUGUAUCUGCUCCACAAGAUCGCGGUGAAGCAGCACCUUCCAGGAAUUCUCUUCCAACUGCGGCUUUUUUACAUUUUUCAGACCAUUAUCAAAGACCCUGUUGUCGAGAAGCUAGAAGAAUUUAAGGAGAUGUUGUGCUUCAUCAAGUACAUUCUUCGCAAAUUUUUCGCGACCUUUAAACGUUCCCACCUAGUUGGUGUGGAGGCACUCUUCCUAAAGUCCACCAGAGAAGCCGCCGAAGCGUACAGCGGCUACGGCACUUACGAAAGUGGGCAUAAGAAGUCGCACUGGACUGCUGAGCUGGACAAGGAGCUGGACCAGCUUUUUGAGGCGUGCAGAUAUGAUCCCGUGCCAAAGGGUGAAGAUUUGGUGGAUGUAUUGAAACGCAAUCUCUCGGAUCCUGGAAAGACCCGACGUCAAAUCAUUAUGCGCCUGAUACACCUAGGUAAAGUGGACUCUGCGAAAAAUCUCAAAAUGAUGACUAUCCACUUAGAUGAUGAAAGAGUUGUCGGGCGAAGUCGAAAACGACGACCACCUCGGAGCGAAGAAGAGGCCAACUUGCUCAACUCGUUAUUUUUUAAACGUGACAGUUCUUAUCGACUGGAUGAUGUAAUGGCUGAGUUAAGACCGGAUUUCGGGCAGAGAAUGCGACAGGAAAGCAGUGAAAUGCCUGCAGCAGUAAUUUGGCGAAGCCGUCAGGAAGCUGGACAGAAGUUGAGUGAGCUAGGAUUGGCCGGGGGCGUGAAUGAUUUCGGUCACCACAGACGGCAAACACGUCAUCAAGGGCGCGUUGAAGAGGAAAUCCAAUUAGAAACUUUGGGUGGAGGCAUAUCAAGGAUGAAAAGAGUGGACAGAUCGUUGCGUGGAAGACGAAGACGGAUUAGACGACACGACUCUUCACCAGAAUUGCUUUACGACGCCAAUGAACAUUUCAGUGACGAAGUUUAUCAAAAACCAGCAAACCCUAAAGGUAUCCAUGGUGCCAAUGAGGAGGAACCCCCCAACAGUAAAAGGCCAGGGCGUUCGAUACACCUGGACCCGGAAGACAGUUCAGAAGAGGAUUCAGGCAUGUUCAUACCUAAGACCUCAGUGUCAUCACCACAUCCCACGGCGAAUGAAGAUCACCAAACUGUAAAUUGUGAGAAGCGUCGAAGGGUCGCUUUGGAAUACGGUGAAGGCGAUUUUGAUGAUUUUUCUAACGAGAACCUACUCGACAGGGAAAUCAUCCAAGCAAUCCAAGAGGCUGAGAGCAUGCCUGAAGGCACUAACGAAACAGGGCCUCGGAGAACCUGCAUCUCUGGCAACUCCGAUGAAGAUAACUGA